AAAACUAAUCGUGAAAAAUCAAAAAUUUCUGAAAUACACAUUUUUGGAUUUGAUAUUAAAAUAUUGCAUCAAGUACGAACUGGAGAAUCACUUAUAGAUAAAACUUCAAUUAUUGAUAAAAGAAAGAGGCUGCUUAGUGAAGUAGUAUCAGUAUCACAACAAAAUAAACGAUAUGCAUCAUUUGGAAGAGACGCUCACAAAAAAAUUAAACAGCUUAUUUUAUAA